GGGUGGUUCCCAUAUUUGUUCUGGGUAUUUCAGCGCUUAUUGAUCUUUACCUUGUGUGCCUACUUAAUUACUCCAGAGCAAAAAGAUGUAGGGAGGCCUAAGAAGCCCUGUACAACUGGUUUCCUCCUGCAGUGUUGUCAGGUGUCCUCACGUUUAUUCUGCUGCGUUACUGCUCUACUGUAGCUACAGGUGUUCCAGGUGUGCACAUCCAGGGACCAGUCGCCACCUUGACAGGUGCUUUGCCUUCCAGCAGUUCACUUGCUCAGAGUCAGCGGUAGUGAUUUCACUGUGCUAAGGGGGGGGCAGAAGGUCCAGAACCUAAGGGGAUGUGAAGGAGAGUGCCCUAAAUAGGGACUGUAUUUUCCAAUUCGAUGUGAGUAGGGAGAACAGGAGACAAGAAACUUAGGGAUGCUCUCUCUUUGUAACUGUCUCACUGAACUCAAAUGCCUGUGUAACUGGACUCUGUAACGUCCCUAGUUGCUAGCAAGUAUUCUCCAGAGGGCCAGCUUUUUGACCUUCAUACUGAAUGCCCAGUGUCCUUUGGGUGGGAGCUUCUGUGUUCUUGUUGCAAGAUCUUUGCUGAGAGGUCUUUGUGCCCUUUAUCACGUUUCCUCUUGUUCGCCUGGAGGAGAGAUAGAGAAGAGAGAUAGAGAAGUCACGUUUCCUCUUGUUCGCCUGGAGGAGAGAUAGAGAAGUCGGGGAAGUGAAGCAGAGCCUGUAUGGGUCUGCACGAGGGAUAUGGCCGCAGGUGUGGGCAUCAAGUUGAGCCCAGUGAAUGUGUGCACCUGUCCCUUGUGGAAUCAAGGGAUGUGGGGAAGUGUUGGCAAGGGAUGUCUUAAUUCUGUCUGGAGCAUCAGGACACGGGUUUAUGGGUGGUUGUGGGUUUGAGGUGCCGUAGGCUCCUAGCUCAGCUUCCCUGUAACAUAGAUGCUGAGACUGAGGCUUGCAUGUAUUGGUUACAUUGGGUCACACCUUCAUUCCUGAGGAGGAAUGAAGACAGUGGAUUUAGAAAGAGAGAACCAUUUUCCCCCAGUAUUGUUAGAGCUGUGGCCUGAGAUAUACCCAUAGGGAGCUCUGGGUAUAGGAGGGUGGCUGCCGUGGUACCGCAGGAAUGGAUCUACAGGGUGCCCUGUAGAAUCCACUCUAAGCAGUGACUUAUGUUGGCUUUUUUGGGAGGGCAAGAAUCGUCGUGUAAACCUCCAAGUAAUACAGGGAAAGUCUCAGAGAUCAUUUUUCGCAUUACCUUUGCUAUUUUUGAGCAUUUUGGGUUGUGAGUGAAGAAUAUUUCAGAUGCACUAUGAAAGAUACAAAAGAGAGCACUUCAUUGGGCAUGUUGGGGUCUCACUGAGGCAUGUGUAUCAUUGGAGACAUCUUUUUAAUUGGUAGGUUUUGGAGACGACAGUGUUUGUGCUGGAAUCAUUGUAAAUGAAAGUAUGGGGUUUUGGGUCCACUGAUCCUUGGGUGUCUCCAUAUGUGUUUUUUCCUGAUGCAUGAGUUUUGAAGAGCUUGGUUUGUUAUUUGGUAUUUUAUAUGAGGAUCACUAAGAGAGGGUCUGGAGACUGUGUUGGACCCCAUAAGAGUUUGUUAGUUUAUUUGUGUCCAUAUGGGAAAUUAUGAGUUCUAUGUCAGAUGGCAGAAUAUUUUGAGCAGGGAGCUUCUGCUAGGUAUGUGUCUAGCACGGACCAUAAAGUCCUGUCAUGUUUGGAAAGAUUGUUUCAAGAAUCAAAGGGCCCCAACACCACAGUGAUCUCAAGUCUAGAGGCUCAUCCUUGGGAAGAAAUAACUGUUAACUUUCUUGCUGCCAGGCUCUUGCUUGUUUCUGUACUAUCCUCUCUUUAUCUGUCUCAACACACAGACACACACAUACACACACACAGGCCCAAUACAGAGAACAGAGCACACUUAAUGCCCUGUUGGUGGGAAUGUAAAUGAUACGGCUAUUAUGGAAAACAGUAUGGUGGUUUCUCAGUAAAUUUAAUGUAGAACAGACACAAUCUGUCAAACCCAUCUCUGGCUCGAUCUCCAAAGGAAAUGAAAUCAGUAUACUGAGUGAAAUGUCUGCCGCCAAUGAGCAUUAAUGCAUUAUUCGCAACAGCCAAGUUGUAGAAAGAACCAUAAUGUUGACGAAUGAAUAAUGAAGAGAUUUUAUAUAUAAAUAUAUAUAUAUGUAUGUAUGUAUAUACACACACACAAAAUUCAGCCAUAAAAAUGAAGGAGCCUAUCAUUUGUGACAAAAUGAAUGAACCUAGAAUGAAUAUGCUCACUGAAAUAAGCCUGACAGAAAAAGGUAAAUUCUGUGUGGAAACUAGAAAUGUAAAACUCAUAGAGCUCUCGAGUAGAAAGGUUGUUACCAGGGGCUGGGUGGUGGAGAAAAUGGGGCGAUGUUGCCCAAGGGUUAGAAACUGUCAUUUGUAGAAUGAGUAGGUUCUGGGGAUCUGUGUGUACCAUGUUGACUACAGUUGAUCAUAGUGUGUUACUAUAUACUGGAGAAUUGUUGAGGGAGUAGAAUUUUAGUGUUCUCACUACACAGGCACAAAAUGGUAACUGUGAGUUAAUGGAAAUAUAAAUUACUUGAUGCUGAUAAUUAUUGUACAUUGUGUAAUCUGCCAAAUAAUCACGUUGUACAGCCUAUAUGUGCACCAUUUUUAUUCAUCAAUUAUACCUCAGUAGUGCUUGAAAAGAAAAAGAAAGCGUGAGGUGUGCUGGGCUCGCCUCCUCUAGGUGGUGCUCAGCCCCGGCUUCACAUUGAUUUGAGUAAGGCAUCUUCAUAUGUUUUAUACCCCCCGACCAGAGAUGCCUUUUAAAGGAGCUGGGAUGGGGCCCAACAUGAAUAAUACUUAAGGUUCCCCAGGAUGUUCCAAUCUGGAUCCGUCAUUGAACAUCAGGACUCUGGGUCCCCCUGUUCCUGAGGGCUGAGAUCUGGGCUGAGGGUGAGGGCUCUGCUCUGUGUGGGGAUGGAUCAGGGCUGGUCUGUGACCUGAAGGGGAUCGUCGGGUCCCACUGAGGUGUCCACUGCUGCUGGGUACGUGAGGGCCUCACCAGGAGGGGAGCCUGAUCUGAAGGAAAGGGUGGGAAAACUCACUGGUUGGUCUGUGUGUGGGAGUUACUGUCCUGAGCCCCUCCUGGGACAGUGGGCAGCAGAGGACCGUCUGUUCCCCAUGCUGAGGGCUUCCCUGUGCGUGUGGUGGUGACUCAGGAAGGGGGUGUGUUGAUUCUAAGCAUUAAACAGCCUGUUUCCAACUUUGAAGAUCGACCUCUAAAGACUCACAUGGUCUGAGGAAGAAGCCCUGAAGAGGAGGAAGAGGAGAGAGAGGAGUAAGAAAUGGCUCUUUCUCAGGGACAGUUGACAUUGAAUGAUGUGGCCAUCGAAUUCUCUCCAGAAGAAUGGGAAUGCCUGGACCCUGCUCAGAGGGCCUUGUACAGGGACGUGAUGUUGGAGACCUACAGGAACCUGAUCUCUGUGGAUAUUUCUCAUAUACACGUGGUAAGGAAAUUACAGCUAAAAUCAAACAUUGAUAGAGGAGGAGUAUUCCAAACAGUGAUUUUGGGAAGACAUGAAAUCCAGGAACCUUUUUACCUCUCGGAAAUACAGGAGAAUAUGUUUGACUUUGGAUUUCAGUGGAGACAUGAUGAAAGGAAUUACAGAAAUAUCCCUACAUCCCAUAACCAAAAUGUCACUGACAGAAGAAGUCAACAUGGUGGAAGGGAUGCGGGAAACAACCAUAUUGGAAAUAGACUUGUGUUACGCCUUCAGGAUGAACUGCAUAUGUUUAAAAGUAAACAGAAAAUUGAUGAUUUUAAUAAAGCUAAGAAGAGUAUCAGCAGUACUUCCUCAUUUUCACCAGUUGAAGGAAUUUCUCCUCCUGUCCAAACCAACAUUUCUAAUAUAUAUUUUAUGCAUCCUUCAAUACUGACACAAGACCAGAGCCCACACAGGGAAAUACCUUACAAUGAGUAUGGCAAAACGUUUCAUCAGGGCUCAAAUCUCAGGAGUCAUCAGAGAAUCCAUAUAGGAGAGAAAUUACAUAAAUGUGAUGUAUGUGACAAGGUCUUUAGCCGAAAUUCAGAUCUUGUAAUUCAUCAAAGAAUUCAUACUGGAGAGAAACCUUACAAAUGUAAUGAGUGUGGCAAGGUAUUUAGUCAAAAUCCAACCCUUGCAAAGCAUCAGAGAAUACAUACUGGAAAAAAAACCUUAUAAAUGUAAUUAGUGUGGUAAGGUCUUUAUUCAGAAUUCACUGCUUGCAUCUCAUUGUAGAAUACAUGCUGUAGAGAAACCUUUCAAAAAUAUUGAGUGCUGAAAAGGCUUUACUCAGAUUUCAACCGUCACUACACAUUAGGUAAUAAAUACAGAGGGGAAACCAUGUUAAUGUAAUAUAGGUGGGAAGGACUUCCUUGAAAAUUGACACUUUAAGUUCAUGGGAGAUUCACAGUGGUAGAAAUCAUGGAAAUGUCUUCAGUGUGGCAAAGCCUUACCUAUGAUUGGAUAAUCCAUGCUAGACAGAAACCAUAGAAAUGUAAUGAAUGUCUCAAAGUCUUUAGUCAGAAUUCAUACCUUAAUAUCCACCGAAGAAUUUAUACUGGAGAGAAAUAGAAAUCUUUCAAAUAUAAUGUGUGGCAUAUCCUUCAGUUUACUUUCAGUCCUACCUUACCAUCAGGUAAUCCAUACUGGUGAGAGACUUUAAGUGAGGGUUUUAGCAGGUGUGCACAUGUUACGCUUCAUUGGAAAAAUCACGCUGGAAAGAAUCAGAUAAACGUAUUUAGUAUGACCAGGCCUUUGGAGAAGAAAUUCAUUCACCAAAGAAUUCAUUCUGGAGACUACCUCACAAAUGCCAUGAAUGGGAAAAACCUUUACUCAGGGCUCACGUCUCACCAAUCAUCAGAUAAUCUGUACUGGACAGGACAUUCCAGAUGUAAUGAAUGUGUCAAAGCUUUUGUGUUGUGCCUUAAACUGAGUGUUCACCAAAUACUUCAUACUUGAACAUUCAGUGAGUAUUGCAAGGUUUCAAAUUAUUGCUCAUUCAUCACUAGAUAUCAAAAUACUUAUUCUGGAAGGAAACCACACAAAUGUAAUGUGUGUGGCAAGAAAUGUAAAGGUUUUCAUCAAGUAUCAACACCUUUGGUGUAAUGAUAUGGAAAGUUUUUGAGCCCUUCUGACAACAGACUGUAUCAGAGAAUCCAUACUAGAAACAAAUGUCUUUAGUUCUUUGAGAGUAAUCUGAGAUAUUGCAUACAAGAGAAUAAUUACAAGUCACGUAUGGUAAAACGUAUGACAUGAUGUGUAUGACAGGAAGAAGGACGUGUGUGGAAAUGGCCUGUUAUCUUCAGUGUAUAAAUAUUUGUCUUUUCUUGAAAAGGCUAUGUUGCUCUUAAUGCCUUUCAACCCGAAGUUUGAAGUCUGUUCAUUUUAUGCCUUAACUACAGGACUUUCAGAAUGGUCUCUGGGAAAGAGUCAAUAAGAUGAGGGGGCUGACUUCAUUAACUGUAGUUCAUCCACAUCCAUGUCCCCUGGUAAAAGUGGGACCCUUUAUUAUCAAAUUCAGUAGCGUGUGAAUUAGCAUUAGUUGGGGGGUGGCAGUGAGUAGUGUAAAACUGUGACAUGACUAAUCAUGCUUACUAUGUUCAGGCCCUUCUGUAGAUAGGCCAUUACAGGUUACAGCACAGAAUGGUCUACCAACUGGCCGUGAACAGAGCAGAAGGGACAUUAAGGAACUGGGCUUUUCCCGGGAGGAGAGUGACAGGUUCCUAGGGGCUGAUUAUGUGGUAGAAACAGUACAAAGGAAAAGCUGAUCACUUUUUGCAGUGAAUGGGAAUAGCUGUUGUAUAUAUGUGUGUUUAAUGAAAAAUUAGUUUUUUUCCUGGAACUUGAAAGAGAGCAGUUAGUGUGAGAAAAACAGUAUGUGCAUGUGUAUGAUUUACAUUUGACUGUUGCCAUUACAUUUUGCUUUGGUUUAAUUCUGAAUCAAUUAAAAUAGGUGUUCUUUAAUUAAUAAAAUCAAUCGUU